GAGUCUGGAGGGACUGGGGGCUGCGGAGAAGGAGGAAGAAGAAGAAGAAGAAGAAGAAGAAGAAGAAGAAGAAGAAGAAAAAAAAAACAACAGAGAGAAAUCAGAGUAAAGCAAGAGAAGAAGAAGAGUGAGGCUCUGUAGUCCGGUUGAAGAUGAAGGUGUGUGUCCUGGUCCUGGGUCUGUCCCUGCUCCUCACCGUCUGUGUGGCCCGGUCUCCGUUCCAGGCGGUCCUGCAGCACAGCCGGAUCAGAGGCCGGCAGCAGGGACCGAAUGUUUGUGCCAUGCAGCAGCAGAAAGGCACCGACAAGAAAUACUUCACCAACUGCAAACAGUGGUACCAUCGCAAGAUCUGCGGGAAGCCCACGGUCAUCACCUACGAGUGCUGUCCUGGUUAUGAGAAGAUUCCUGGAGAGAAGGGCUGUCCUGCAGCGCUGCCUCUGGUGAACAUCUACAACACUCUGGGCGUCGUCGGAGCCUCGACCACUCAGAUGUACUCUGAACGAGCUCAGCUGAAGGACGAGAUCGAAGGGCCGGGAAGCUUCACCUUCUUCGCCCCGAGCAACGUGGCCUGGGCCGCCCUGCCGACAGAGAUCCUGGACGCUCUGGUGAGCAACGUGAACAUCGAGCUGCUGAACGCUCUUCAUUACCACAUGGUGAACCGCCGGCUGACCUCCAACGAGCUGAGACACGGAUCCUCCUUCACCUCCAUGUACCAGGACUUCCCCGUCCACAUCCACCACUACAGCAACGGGAUUGUGACGGUGAACUGCGCUCGUCUGAUCAAACCCGACCAACACGCCACCAACGGCAUCGUGCACGUAGUCGACCGCGUCAUCACCGCCGUCUCCAACAACGUGCAGACUGUCCUCGACAUCGACGACGACCUGGAGACGCUGCGUACGGCGAUGGCGGCUGCAGGUCUGACCACUGUGUUGGAGAGCGAGGGUCAGUACACGCUCUUCGCUCCCACCAACGAGGCCUUCGAGAAGAUUCCUCAGGGGACCCUGAACAGGAUCUUGGGAGACCCCGUGGCUCUGAAAGACCUGCUGAACUACCACAUCCUGAAGCACAUGCAGUGCGCCGAGUCCAUCGUGUCGGGGACGCCGAUGGAGACGCUGCAGGGUACCGUGCUGGAGGUCGGCUGUGACGGAGACGAGAUGACCCUGAAUGGGAAGGCCAUCAUCACCAAGAAAGACCAGCUGGGAACCAACGGAGUCGUCCAUUACAUCAACGAGCUGCUCAUCCCCGACUCAGGUACUGAUACAGCCAACAAGGCAAGGCAAGUUUAUUUGUAGAGCACAAUUCGUACA